GAGUACCUGUUAUUUGCAUAUGGCCCCAUCUUAGCCAAUCAGAGCUUCCAGAAUGUUUCAUGGGCGGGGCCCAGGUCAAGUUUAAAAUUGCUGGGAAAAGAGGCAGUUCCUGGAGCGCGGAGGAGGGCAGCCAGCAGCGGGAUUAGGGCACCCAUUGCCCAGCACAGGAAGACUGAGGGCCAGCCCCAGGCAGAGCUGGGGUAGGGCAGCAACAGAGGCUGCAGAAGCAGCCUGAGCUAGGACCAUAAUAAAUUUAGCAGGUUCGGGGUCAGGGCUGUUUCCGCUUGGAGUGUCUCUUGUAGGUUGCUUGAAUGGGGGUGGCCCCGGGCCGGCUGCCGCGGCCACCACCUCUGCUGCUGUCGCUGCUGCUGCUCCAGGUGCCAGGAGGCCACGGGUCCGAGUCUAUCUGCCAUUCUCCCCAAACCUGGAACUGGAGCAACUCAUUUUCCCACACUUGUUUGAACUUGACUGGCCUGGAUUUGAACCUGCCCCUGAAAGGCCAGAUGCUGAACGCCCCGCGCCUUCAGGUGCUUCAUCUGUCUGGGACGGGCCUGCAGGAGCUCCCACCGCCUGCCUUCUUCGCCCACCUGCAGCAGCUGCGGGUCCUGUGGGUGACAGACAACGUGCUGCGCCGUGCCGAUGGGGCGCUGGCCGCCCUGUGCAGCCUUGAUCUCAGGGCGGACUGCAGCUGCGUGCUCAACACCUGGCAUGAAGUGCGGCUGGACAACUGCUCUGGCCAGCAGCCUCCCCUGCAGUGCCGGCUGAGGGGCAUCGCUGGGCGUUGGUACAACCUUUCCAGUUUCCUGGAGGCAGACUGCGGCCCUGGCCUUGCCCCGGCUGCCAUCGGAGCAGUGGUGGCCGGCGGUGGCCUGCUGCUGACGCUGGUCGUGCUGGGCCCUCUGCUGGCUUGGAGACAAUGGCUGCGGCGCUCGGGCCAUGGGAACCUGAACAAGGCCUGGACGGGUGCUCAGGACAAGCCAGGGCCUGGCUCGGGGCAGCAGCCGCUGUACAGCCCGGGGCUCCGGGCCCCAGUGGCCGUCCCUCCUGACUCCCCCUCGGCCACAGAAGUUCCUGACUAUGAGAACAUGGUCCUGGGGCAGCCGCCCGUGGCCGGGGCCCACCCCUCUGAAGACAGCGACUUCUACAUGAACUACACCUGGGAUGGCGGCUCCGAUGCCCAGCCCGUGUACUGCAACCUGCAGACCCUGGCACGGGCCUCACUGGAUGACAAUGAUUACAUGGUGGCCGGGCGCCACUGACCUUGGCUACGGGGUCACUGCAGGGGGAGGAAGACAAGGCAGUUCCACUUCCUCUGCCCCCUCCACAGACACACACCACACGGGGAGUCGGGGCAGCGAGGCAGUCAGUCCCUGCACCCCACUCCAGCCCCAUACACCCAGAAGGGACCCCACCAUCUCCCUGCCGUCUGUAUGUGCGUGGUGCUCAACGAACGCUUGGGGUUGGCAGUGGCA